UAGGUCCUUGUCGCCGCUCGGAAGUCCUCAAUAACCCCCGCGGCUCCCGUAGUCGCCGCUCGGGGCCCGUCGCCGCGCGGUCGUCACCGUCGCCGCCUCCGGGUCCGGGCCCCCGGGCCCUCCCGCUGCCACCAUGAAGCUGCGGGUGCGGCUACAGAAGCGGACGUGGCCGCUCGAGAUGCCAGACGCGGAGCCGACGCUGGGCCAGCUGCGCGCGCACCUGAGCCAGGCCCUGUUCCCCACUUGGGGCUUCAGUUCCGAUACCCGGUUUGCAAUCACAUUGAACAACAAGGAUGCCCUCACUGGAGAUGAAGAGACCUUGGCUUCAUAUGGGAUUGUUUCUGGGGACUUGAUAUGUUUGGUUCUUGAAGAUGCCAUUCCAGCACCUAACUUACCUUCAUCCACAGAUUCAGAGCAUUCCUCACUGCAGAAUAAUGACCAACCCUCUUUGGCCGCCAGCUCCUAUCAGUCCAGCGCACAGGAUGAACAGCCCAGUGCUUCAGUCCAAGGACAGGCAGCCGAGACUGGCCUCUGGAGUGAUGACAGCACGUCGGGGCCUGGUCAGACUUUCGAAGCUGGGUCGGUUCAAGAGGUUGUGGAUAUGGAAGAGGGCACAGGUGUCUUUCCCUCGGAACCCAUGCUCUGCAGCGAGUCGGUGGAAGGGCAGGUGCCACAUUCGUUAGAGAUCCUGCAUCAGUCAGCGGACUGUUCUAAUGCCAACGAUGCCUUGAUAGUAUCGGUGCAUCUGCUCAUGUUGGAGUCAGGUUACAUACCUCAGGGGACCGAGGCUAAAGCCCUGGCCAUGCCGGAGCAGUGGAAGUCGGGCGGCGUGUAUAAGCUGCGGUACACGCACCCUUUGUGCGAGGGCGGCUGCGCUGCUCUCACGGGUGUGCCUCUGGGAGCCCUGCUUGUCAUAAACGCCACACUAAAGAUCAACAGUGAGCUCAGAAGUGUGAAAAGGUUGCAGCUGCUGCCGGGAUCAUUUAUUUGCGAAGCUGAACCAGGGGCAAGUGUAGCCAAGAUAUACAAAGAUCUUCAGAAGCUCUCUCGUCUCUUCAAAGACCAGCUCGUGUAUCCUCUUCUGGCUUUUACCCGACAAGCACUGAACCUACCAGACGUGUUUGGGUUGGUAGUCCUUCCUUUGGAGCUGAAGCUGCGGAUCUUCCGACUUCUAGAUGUUCGUUCUGUUCUUUCUUUGUCUGCAGUUUGUCGUGACCUCCUUAUUGCUUCAAAUGACCAGUUGCUGUGGAGAUGUUUGUAUCUGCGGGAUUUUAGAGAUGGGACUGUUAGAGCUCGAGACGCAGAUUGGAAAGAACUCUACAGGAAGAGGUACAGACAAAGAAGAGAAGCUCAGAGAGGUCGCCACGUGUUGUUCCCACCACCGUUGCCCCACCCCAUGCCGCUCGGCCCCAGCCCCUGGCACCCCAGGCCUUUCCCUCCCAGCUCUCUCCUCCCUCCAGGAAUUAUUGGUGGAGAAUACGACGAGAGAGUAACACUUCCCUUUGUUGGGGACCCCAUCAAUUCACUCAUCCCGGGGCCCGGGCAGACACCAGGCCAGUUCCCUCCACUCAGACCACGUUUUGAUCCCAUUGGCCCGCUUCCAGGACCUAGCCCCACCUUGCCAGGGCGAGGUGGCCCGAGUGACAGAUUUCCCCUAAGGCCCAGCAGGGGUUGGCCACCCGACAGCCGGCCACCAUUCAUGUGAUUGAUUGUAAUCUUACUUCUGGAGCUUGUUUGGUUUUUUGUUUUUAAAACCGCAGAUGCCAUCUUGUCAGGGUGCUGAUCCCCAGCGUUUCCUGAUAGUGAUGCUGAGGAACGCACUCCCCUGGCCUUUCCGUAGAUACUUAAAGCUCCAGGGCGGUGGGGCCCACAGGGUCCUGUAGGACCGGGUUGGCCUUGGAAAUAGUUGGCUCCUGACCUCCCCCCUCUGAGUUCUCCUCUUGAGUGAAGGUUGUUCACUGAUAAAUGUUCUGCACCAGAUUAAAAAAAAAUUAAGUAUAAA